UCAAACCAGAAGCUUUUUUCAAGUCUUUGCAUCAAGUCUCUAUUCUUCGGCUGUGCUCGUUCAACGACUGAUUACAAGCUGUCGCCAUGAUACUGCCAUACGCCAUGGCUCUGCCCAAGCUGGGUACACUCCAAGAGUGCUCCGACUUCUCAAAGACCGUCACGCCUUUCCUGCCACAGCUCUACGCCCUUCCGCGUCAAAUCCUGGGCACUGUUCUCAAUGGAGGGAGCUUCCUCAAGCUGUACAUGGAGACCAACCCGUUCAUCAGCGGGCUUGGAGCCUCCAUUUUCCUGGGCGGCGUGUUUCUUGUUGCUGGCGAGGUCAACAAGAACUACUCGCAAGUUGAUCGCUUUUGGAGCAUACUACCGACCGUCUAUAUCGCUCAUUUUGCGACAUGGGCGCGUCUGGCCGGAAUUCCCAGCCGGCGCAUUGAUGCCGCCUUGCUCUUCAGCACGAUUUGGAGCACACGCUUGACAUACAACUAUUGGAGAAAGGGCGGGUACGGAAUCGGACACGAGGACUACAGAUGGCAAAUUGUUCGCGACAUGCUGCCCAAGUGGGCUUUCCAUAUCUUGAACUGGACCUUCAUUUCCUUCAUCCAGAGCGUUCUGCUUUAUAUGUUUGCUUCUCCUGUUUAUGUCCUUCUCUUGGCUACCCAGUUCGAGCCCGAGCUCUCUACAGCUGAUAUUGGCUUCACCGUCAUGCAAUUGGGUCUUAUUCUUACCGAGUUCAUUGCUGACCAUCAACAAUGGGUCUUCCAGUCAGCAAAGAAGGAGUACCAGACCUCUGGUCAUGUCCCGGCCGGUCACAAGCAGGCUGAUCUUGACCGAGGCUUUAUCACAUCAGGUCUCUGGGCUUACAGCAGACAUCCGAACUUUGCUGCUGAGCAAUCCAUCUGGCUGACGCUUUACCAAUGGGGCUGCUUUGCGACGAAUACCCUCUAUAACUGGACCAUCGUCUCUCCCAUCAUGCUCUUGAGUGUCUUCCAGGGCUCCACGUGGCUGACUGAGCGCAUCACCGCCGGGAAGUACUCAGAAUACAGCGCGUACCAAAAGCAGGUCGGCACGUUCGUACCCAAGACUUUGAAGGGGUACAAGACCACUGUGCCCAAGGUUAUCCGCACCAGCGAUCUUGCCAAGAAGCUGCAGGAAAAAGAGAAGGAGAAGGAGAGCAAGAAGCAACAGUGAAGACAGCCCAAGAAGUGUGUCUUUUCCAAUAUGUGAAACCUGGCAAGACAACCAACUGCGGUGGCUCUGGCAAAAGCUUAAAGGGAAUGGCCGGGCUGAAAGCAGUGGAUAAAGUCUUAGCGGCGGGCACGGGAGUCUCCUUUUGCAAGGGCCAGGCAUGUACCGUGGAGAGCGUGGUCAACAGUGCAAACUGGUCGCCUAUCUUAUUUUGGAUGCAAUUUACACUGGCGAGCUUCAAUCAACCCUUGCAACUCCAAAAUUGCCGAGUUCAUAAUUCUCACUUGUGUCUGUGCAGUGUCGAGUCGUACUGGCCCAUGGCUGAUGUUGGU